GCGCGCACCCCUUCCUGCUCCCGCGCGCCUGCGCCGCCUGGUCACGUGCUGGCGGCGGCCCGGUAGCGGCGGCGGCGGCGAGGGGAGGCCGGUGGCGCUAUGGCAGGUGUGAAGGAGGACUCGUUCAAUGUGCUGGACCUGGCAGAGUACACCAAGAACCGGCCCUGGUGGCGCAAGGUCUUUGCCCCCAGCUCGGGGUCGAGCGCUGAGAAAUACAACGUGGCCACGCAGCUGCUGAUCGGAGGGGUCACGGGAUGGUGUACUGGAUUCAUCUUCCAGAAAGUUGGGAAGCUGGCGGCGACAGCGGUGGGAGGUGGCUUUUUCCUGCUUCAGAUUGCAAACCACACGGGGUACAUCAAAGUGGACUGGAAGCUAGUAGAACGGGACGUGAACAAAGCCAAGCAGCAGCUGAAAUUUCACAGCAGCGGUAACAAAAUGUCUCCAGAAGUGAAAAGCAAAGUGGAUGAGGUGAUCAUCUUUCUGAAGAAGAAUGUUAUCCUGACUGGAGGGUUUGCUGGAGGAUUCCUGCUCGGAAUGGCAUCCUAGAAACUGCACUCGACACUCCCUUCAUGCCUAGUCUCCCCUGCCCUCCUCUACUGCUGUUCUCUCUCACUUAGAAGUCAAAGGAUGUUGCCGACAGGCACAAUCCCUUCUGCUCACAGGUUCCAGCCCUUAUUUCUUACAGCACUGCUUCUGAUUUCCAACUUUUUUCCCUGUCUGGGCUGUUAGGGUGCUGGGAUUGAUCUGAAAGCUUAUGACUCCCGGUGUAUCAUUGUGAUUCCUUUCCCCACCAAAUAAGCCCAGUCUCAAAAUUUUCUGAUGAGUUGCAGCCUCAUAAACAUGUAGCGGCAGAGAAAUCUCUGAAAUACGCUUCUUCCCAGGUGCUCAGGCUGUUACAUAGACAUUUGUCUGCCGGUGUACGUAUACAACAGCCAUCAGCUCUUCACUGCUAUUUAGCUUGCACUUUUUCCACCCUGGUACCUGGAAAGCUUGUGCUUCCCUCUGUGCAGAGAUGGGGUGUGCAGUCCAAAAUACCCUUGGCUGUCCGUGCGGGGGGACGCAGAAGUGUCAGGGGACAGCCUGGGCAGGUGGAUAAGGAGCAAGUUCACUCUAUCUGUGGUGCUGGGGGUUCUCCUGCCCUCCCCCAGCCGUUGCACUGCACGUAGAUGCACAUUUGGCUUCUCCCCUGCUGUUAUUUAUACCCCUUACUGGAACCGCAGCCCUGGCACCGCUGAUGGAAACUGAGCGCCGCGGGUGACUCUCCAGGCCCUUUCCUCAUCAUGUGUUCUAAAAGCCACCAAGCUUCCUGUGCUCUAGGGCUUCUUUCUCCCUUGCCAGCCGCCUGCUCAGCCUGUGAAGCGUGCUGAGGUGCUCUCUGGUGGUGGGCAGGCUUCCAGCACGCUUGACACGUCUGUGUCAGGGGAGAGCUGGCAAAGGACACAUGUGUUUCAGCUCUGUUGCUUACUGUAAAUCACCUUGGGCUUCAGACUGGUGUCUGCCAUGACUUUCUCUGGCCACUUUGGCAUUGGUGAUGCUCUUAGAGCCAUAGCCCUGUGGGACAGGAUGUACAUCCCUGUUUAGGGCACGUUGUACUGGUGCAGGGUUGCUGUUGCCAGCUCUGCUGGAGCAGUGGCAGGAGAGGAUGUGAAAUCUGGAGCGUGGUCCUUUACCUGCCUCCACAGAGCACAAACUCCAUCUCUGCCAGCAACUGAAAUGACAGAACUAUUGGGAAAAGCAGGUUGUGCUCUUGUGGGAGUGGCUCGUUUCCAUACUGUCUAGGUUAUUUUCUUUCCUUCUUUGCGUUUACCAUUUCCACACAAAAACAAAAAAAAAGCUGCUGGCUUAAUUCCACCUGCUGCAGCCCUUCUCCUGCAGGUGAUGAGGCAGCCCAGAUGCAGAGCUUGGCUCUUUUGGGACAGUCUGUCCCCGUGCGGCUGUGUGCAGAGCUACGAGAGAAAAUUACCAAAAAACCACCCCAAAAUCCCUUAGAGGUGUUCUGCACUGGCUGUGCUGGGCUGGCAUUACCGCUUUCCAGAGUGUGGGGACUUGCAUGACAGUUGGCUGAUGUCCUCCAGCAGGUACAUGUAGGAGUUCUUUCCGAGAACGUGGGCUUUUUUUUAUGUUUUCCCAUCCUUCAGUUGGAAAAAUGCGAGGGAAUGAUGAUGCACGUGGGUGAUUGGGACACAGCACCGGGCUCUGUGGCUGCACCCCAUCUCCAGUGCCACGUAACACCUUUCUGAUCAUCCCUGCUGCUCCCAGCAAGGCUAGAAACGGGGAUCUCCCCACCCUGAGAGCUGCUGGAAGAGCUGGAACGGUGGGUUCUUCCACUAGAGGUUUUGGGAUGAGCACUUGCAGUUGUUAAUUGUGUUUCAGCUCUGUUGAUUGUCAGUGUAGCAAUUAGCUGAGGUUUUCUCACACCUUCAGGAUCUGAAAAGAAGCUGUGGGUAAUCAGGAAACAGAAGUUGGUCUCUUUGCUCCUCUCCUGCCAUAGGUGGCCACCAAGGAGAAUGAGGAGCAGCUGGACUGACUUCCAUAAAGAUGCUCUUCCUAGAAGCCAUCUAGGAAGGAGUGAUGCCAUGCAGCAAAUAGACCUUCAGUAAACUGGUGUUUGGGAGUUGAAUGGCAGAUGAUGGUGGUGGUUUUGGGGUUUUUUUGAUACAUAUUUUUUUGUGUGUAGGAACCCUGCAGGGCUGAAGGUGCGUGAAUGGAUACGUUCGUAUCGCAGGGUCUCUCUCCUUCCUGGAGGAGAACGGCGUUGCUGCCCCUCUGCCUGCUGUGCUGUGUAACACAGCUGCUUCUGAGGUGCACUAAUCUCCACAAAGCUUUCUCCAGCGACGAAGCUCGAAGUAAAUCAUUAAUAGAUGGUAGGGAUGUUUUUUCAGGCUCAAAUCAGUCACGGUUUCUGCCCAGCCCCGGGGAAGGGUGCAGUGGGUUCUGCUCCACGGGGUCCUGACUCGCUGCUACAGAGAGAAAUGGCUCAAAUGCCUCAGUUGCUGCUGGAAAGGUGAAACAAGUGAUAAAUUCCCAAUGAGUUGGGUGUGAAUGCAGGCAGGGAAUGGAGGAGGACAUCAGGAUGUGGCCAAUCUUUCCACUGUGCCAGUGUUGGGCUCAUGGCUGGCACCCUGUGACGCUGUGGGCUCCCACUGGAAGCUUUGAUGCGGAAUCAGCCCCUGUGGGGAGGCACCAUCACGGUUGCAGGUGCCAAGAUGAGGUGUUUCCCCACGCCCCCACCCGCCCCUGCUCCUUUUUUGGUCUCGUCGCAACAACUUCUGGUGUCUGUUCCAGUACGAGAAGGUUUUUAAAAGAAAAACAAAAAAAACACAUUAGGCUUUUAAAGUGUUUUUAUAUAUUGUAUGUAAAUGCUUGUUGAAGUGAUAUUUUAUUAAACGGUUUUGCUCUAAUAGUU